AUGGGCACGGUGCUGUCGCUGUCGCCCAGCGCCCCGGGCAAGGGAGGCGGCGGCGGGGUCCUGGCCGAGAAGGCGGCCCCCGGCAGGGCGCACGGCAAAGGCGAGAGCCGCCUGAAGCGGCCCGGCGUGCUGAUCUCGGCCCUCACCUGGAAGCGCCUGGUGGCCGCCUCGGCCAAGAAGAAGAAAAACGCCAAGAAGGUGACGCCCAAGCCCGGCUCGGCGGCCGCGCCCGACCCCCUGGUGCAGCAGCGCAACCGCGAGAACGUGCGCAAGUCGCAGCCGGACGGAGCUAAGCAAGGGCCCCUCGCCGUGCCAGUGCCCACAGUGCCAGCCUCCGCCCAUGACGGAGGGAAGCCCCCGCCGCCGCCGCCCCCGCCGCUGCCCAGCGGCCGCCCUGCCGUCGGCUCCCCGCGGCGGGUGAUCGUGCAGGCCUCCACCGGCGAGCUGCUCCGCUGCCUGGGGGACUUCGUGUGCCGCCGCUGCUACCGCCUCAAGGACCUGAGCCCCGGCGAGCUCAUCGGCUGGUUCCGCAGCGUGGACCGCUCGCUGCUGCUGCAGGGCUGGCAGGACCAGGGCUUCAUCACGCCGGCCAACCUGGUCUUCGUCUACCUGCUGUGCCGCGAGGCGCUGCAGGGCGACCAGAUCGGCAGCCAAGCGGAGCUGCAGGCCUCCUUCCUGACCUGCCUCUACCUGGCCUACUCCUACAUGGGCAACGAGAUCUCGUACCCGCUCAAGCCCUUCCUGGUGGAGGGCGACAAGGAGCGCUUCUGGGACCGCUGCCUCGCCAUCAUCCAGGGCCUGAGCGCCAAGAUGUUGCAGAUCAAUUCCGAUCCCCACUUCUUCACGCAGGUCUUCCAGGACCUCAAGAACGAAGGCGAGGGGGGCGCCGCAAAGGACUCCAGCGCCAGCAAACACUGGACUAUAAGCCUGGAUCGCUAG